AUGGCUGAGGAUGGCAGUGAUGAGACUAUGUUUAUUUGGUGUGAGGACUGUGGGCAGUACCAUGAUUCAGAGUGUCCUGAACUGGGCCCAGUGGUGACAGUCAAAGACUCCUUUGUAUUGAGCAGGGCAAGGUCAUCUCUGCCUUCUAAUUUGGAGAUAAGACAAUUGGAAGAUGGGACUGAAGGAGUGUUUGCUCUGACUCAGCUAGUGAAACGUACCCAGUUUGGCCCAUUUGAAUCCAAGAGAGUUGCCAAACUGGAAAAAGAAUCAGUUUUUCCCCUGAAGGUGUUCCAGAAGGAUGGGCCCCUGGUAUACUUUGACACCUCAAAUGAAGAUGAUUGCAACUGGAUGAUGAUGGUGCGACCAGCCACCAAAUAUGAGCAUCAAAACUUAACUGCCUUCCAGCAUGACAAUGAUAUUUACUUUACCACCUCACGGGACAUCCCACCAGGAACUGAGCUGCGAGUGUGGUAUGCAGCUUUUUACGCCAAAAAAAUGGAAAAGCCAGUGCUGAAGCAGGUCACUAGUAUUGCCAAUGUGAACACUCCAGAAGGCAGUGGAGCUGGAGAAGCAGAGUCCAGCCAGUGGACGUGUAAAGUGUGUUCAUCUGCUUUCCAGGAGCCUCAGCUGCUGACAGAGCACUUGCUGAGUCACCUGGAACAAGCUAAAGGUGCCCCCCAAACCAGCCAAAAUGAGGCUGUUGCAGAGAAGGCAGCAGAGGCUCCCCCUGUGGAUCAGCCAGUGGUUUGUGAUGCAGCGAGUGCCAGUACAGACUCAAGGAGGAAGGCCAGGCGGGGAAGAAAGCCCAAAACAGCAAAAGCAGAAACACCUCUUGUCGUUGUUGAAGAGAAAGAUUCUGCAGAACGUGUAGCUGAUGUAACUGAGGUCCCACCAGAAGAGGUAGCCCUGCCUGCAGCUGCAGAAGAGAGAAUUAUGGAAUUGGUUUUAGGAAAGAUGCCUAGCACCACAAAUAGCAUCAGUUCAGUGACAAAGUUUGCCCAUCACCAAAACACCAUGUCCCUCAAAAGAAGUUUAAUUCUCUCCAGUAGACAUGGUAUACGGCGGAAACUGAUAAAACAACUUGGGGAGCACAAGCGAGUCUAUCAAUGCAGUAUCUGCAGUAAAAUCUUCCAGAACAGCAGCAACCUCAGCAGGCAUAUCCGUUCUCACGGUGACAAACUAUUUAAAUGUGAGGAAUGCGCAAAGCUGUUCAGCCGUAAAGAGAGCUUGAAGCAGCAUGUUUCAUACAAGCACAGCAGGAACGAAGUUGACAGUGAGUACAGAUACAAGUGCACCACGUGUGAAAAGGCCUUUCGGAUAGAGAGCGCAUUGGAAUUCCACAACUGCAGGACAGAUGACAAAACAUUCCAGUGUGAGAUGUGUUUCAGAUUCUUUUCUACAAACAGUAAUCUUUCAAAACACAAGAAAAAGCAUGGGGAUAAGAAGUUUGCAUGUGAAAUCUGCAAUAAGAUGUUCUACCGGAAGGAUGUCAUGCUAGACCAUCAAAGACGACACUUGGAAGGGGUGAGACGUGUGAAAAGAGAAGACUUUGAGCACAGCACGGAGAACAUGGCUCGCUACAAGAAGGAGCCUUCGGGAUGCCCCGUGUGUGGGAAGGUAUUUUCAUGUAGGAGCAAUAUGAACAAACACCUUUUAACACACGGAGACAAAAAAUACACCUGUGAAAUCUGUGGACGCAAAUUUUUCAGGGUGGAUGUGUUGAGAGAUCAUAUUCAUGUCCAUUUUAAGGACAUAGCACUAAUGGAUGAUCACCAAAGGGAAGAGUUCAUUGGUAAAAUUGGAAUCUCAUCAGAGGAAAAUGAUGACAACUCUGAUGAAAGCGCAGAUUCUGAGCCUCACAAGUAUAGCUGCAAAAGGUGCCAGUUGACUUUUGGCAGAGGGAAGGAGUAUCUGAAGCACAUAAUGGACGUACACAAGGAGAAAGGCUACGGCUGUAGCAUUUGUAAUCGACGUUUUGCCUUGAAGGCAACUUACCACGCACACAUGGUCAUUCAUCGGGAGAACCUGCCUGAUCCUAAUGUACAAAAAUACAUCCAUCCAUGUGAAAUCUGUGGAAGGAUUUUUAACAGUAUAGGAAAUCUGGAAAGACAUAAGCUGAUACAUACAGGUGUAAAAAGUCAUGCUUGUGAGCAAUGUGGCAAAUCAUUUGCUAGAAAAGACAUGUUAAAAGAACAUAUGCGAGUCCAUGAUAAUAUCCGAGAAUACUUGUGUGCAGAAUGUGGCAAAGGAAUGAAGACAAAACAUGCACUUCGUCACCACAUGAAACUUCACAAAGGGAUUAAAGAAUAUGAAUGCAAGGAAUGUCACCGAAAAUUUGCACAGAAAGUCAACAUGCUGAAGCAUUACAAAAGACACACGGGAAUCAAAGAUUUCAUGUGUGAGCUCUGUGGCAAGACGUUUAGUGAGCGAAAUACAAUGGAGACGCAUAAGUUGAUUCAUACAGUAGGAAAACAGUGGACAUGUUCAGUCUGUGAUAAGAAAUAUGUCACUGAUUACAUGCUACAGAAGCACAUUCAGCUCACACAUGAUAAGGUAGAAGCCCAGAGCUGUCAACUGUGUGGGACAAAGGUUUCUACCAGGGCAUCCAUGAGUCGACAUAUGAGGCGUAAACAUCCAGAGAUUAUUUCAGUGAGGAUUGAUGAUUUAGAGCAGCUGCCAGAGACGACUACCAUUGAUGCCUCCUCAAUUGGGAUUGUUCAGCCGGAAUUAGCCUUGGAACAGGGAGAAUUACCAGAAGGGAAGCAGCAUAUGAAAACUCCUAAACGUGGCCAGAAACGAAAACAAAAGUCAGGUGAAGAGGAGGAAGCUCAAGUGCCUGAGGACCCUGCAUUCAGUGAAUACACAGAGAAGGAAGGUGAAUUCACAGGGAAUGUUGGAGAUGAGACUAAUUCAGCUGUACAGAGCAUCCAGCAGGUGGUGGUGACCCUUGGCGACCCAAAUGUCACAGCCCCUUCCAGUUCUGUGGGGCUGACAAAUAUCACUGUCACCCCCAUUACGACAGCAGCUGGAACCCAAUUCACAAACCUCCAGCCAGUGGCUGUGAGCCACCUGACUGCACCUGAACGCCAGUUACAGCUGGACAACUCUAUUCUCACUGUGACGUUUGACACAGUCAGUGGUUCUGCCAUGCUGCACAACCGCCAAAAUGACAUUCAGAUUCAGCCGCAGCCAGAGGCAGCCAAUCCUCAGUCUGUGGCGCAUUUCAUCAACCUGACCACCUUGGUGAACUCCAUUGCUCCUCUAGGGAACCAGAUAACAGAACAGCAUCCUCUGACAUGGAGGUCAGUGCCUCAGGCUGAUGUCUUGCAGCCCCAGGCACAGCCAACGCAACAGCAGUCAGGACAACAACAGGUUCAAACAGAGCAACAACAACAGAUGUAUAGCUACUAAUUUAUACUUUGAAAAGUUUUGAAAUGGACAGUACUUAGAGACAAAAACACACAGAUGUUUGGAAAAUUUCUAAUAGGAUUGUUUGCUGGAUACCAAACAGAGCUGAGGAAAUGUUUAUACAAUGAAAUAUAAGCUAAAAUUGGCAUAGCACCGUGCAACACCCUAAUCUUGAGAUUCUCACACUGUCUCUAGACCUUGCACUGU